CCCAGUCGGAUACUCCCGCUGGGAAGGUUGCUAUGUUUCCUCCCCAUCCACUCUGGGUGUAAGCUGCUGACAUGGACCACCCAAAACCCAAGGUCCUCCCAGCAGGUCACCACUGCCCCACCCUAGGAAUGCGUGUCUCCAAGGCUGGCAGCGGGAGGUUCUCUGUGCCACCCUCCAUCAGCAGGAGCUCAGCCAUGGUGAGCGAGCCUGGAGGCGGAGUUGGCCCCGGCCCCCUUUCAGAGGGCAGCAGCAGUGGCGGUGAGACCUCCAAGGAGAGUUCCAGAUGUUCCACACCAGGCCUGGACCCCGAGCGGCACGAGAGACUCCGGGAGAAGAUGAAGCGGCGGAUGGAAUCUGGCGACAAGUGGUUUUCCCUAGAAUUCUUCCCUCCUCGGACGGCUCAGGGAGCUGUCAACCUCAUCUCAAGGUUUGACCAGAUGGGGGCAGGAGGCCCCCUCUUCGUAGAUGUGACCUGGCACCCCGCAGGGGACCCUGGCUCAGACAAGGAAACCUCCUCCAUGACGAUCGCCAGCACCGCUGUCAACUACUGCGGCCUGGAGACCGUCCUGCACAUGACCUGCUGCCGCCAGAGCCGGGCGCAGAUCACGGGCUACCUGCGCAAGGCCAGGCGGCUGGGCCUGAAGAACAUCCUGGCACUGAGGGGAGACCCCGUUGGUGACCACUGGGAAGAGGAGGAGGGAGGCUUCAACUUCGCCGUGGACUUGGUGAAGCACAUCCGAAGCGAGUUUGGCGACUACUUUGACAUCUGUGUGGCAGGUUACCCCAAAGGCCACCCCGACGCAGGGAGCUUUGAGGCCGACCUGAAGUACUUGAAGGAGAAGGUGUCCGCAGGAGCUGACUUCAUCAUCACCCAGCUUUUCUUUGAGGCGGACACGUUCUUCCGCUUUGUUAAGGCCUGCGCCGAGAUAGGCAUCACCUGCCCCAUCCUCCCCGGAAUCUUUCCCAUCCAGGGCUACCACUCCCUGCGGCAGCUUGUGAAGCUGUCCAAGCUGGAGGUGCCACAGCAGAUCAAGGACGUGAUCGAGCCCAUCAAAGACAACGAUGCUGCCAUCCGCAACUAUGGCAUCGAGCAGGCUGUAAGCCUGUGCCAGGAGCUCCUGGCCAGUGGCCUGGUGCCUGGCCUCCACUUCUACACCCUCAACCGUGAGGUGGCCACCACCGAGGUGCUGAAGCGCCUGGGCCUGUGGAAAGAGGACCCCAGGCGCCCCCUGCCUUGGGCUGUCAGUGCCCACCCCAAGCGCCGGGAGGAAGAUGUCCGCCCCAUCUUCUGGGCUUCCAGACCAAAGAGCUACAUUUACCGCACCCAGGAGUGGGAUGAGUUCCCCAAUGGCCGCUGGGGCAAUUCGUCCUCCCCAGCCUUUGGGGAGCUGAAGGACUACUACCUUUUCUACCUGAAGAGCAAGUCCCCCAGGGAAGAGCUGCUCAAGAUGUGGGGGGAGGAGCUGACCAGCGAAGAGAGUGUCUUUGAAGUCUUCGCCCACUACCUCUCGGGAGAGCCAAACCGGAAUGGCUACAAGGUGACCUGCCUGCCCUGGAGUGACGAGCCCUUGGCGGCGGAGACGGGCCUGCUGAGGGAGCAGCUGCUGCGGGUGAACCGGCAGGGCAUCCUCACCAUCAACUCGCAGCCCCGCAUCAACGGGAAGCCGUCCUCCGACCCUGUGGUGGGCUGGGGCCCCAGCGGGGGCUACGUCUUCCAGAAGGCCUACCUGGAGUUCUUCACUUCCCGCGAGACCGUGGCGGCGCUGCUGCAGGUGCUGAAGAAGUACGAGCUCCGGGUGAACUACCACAUCGUGGACGUGAAGGGCGAAAACAUCACCAAUGCCCCGGAGCUGCAGCCCAACGCUGUCACUUGGGGCAUCUUCCCUGGACGAGAGAUCAUCCAGCCCACCGUGGUGGACCCUGUCAGCUUCAUGUUCUGGAAGGACGAGGCCUUCGCCCUGUGGGUGGAGCAGUGGGGCAAGCUGUACGAGGAGGAGUCCCCGUCCCGCAUGAUCAUCCAGUGCAUCCACGACAACUACUUCCUGGUCAACUUGGUGGACAAUGAGUUCCCGCUGGACACCUGCCUGUGGCAGGUGGUAGAAGACGCGUUUGAGCUGCUCAAGCGGUCGGCCCCGGGCCAGCGAGGGCCAGAGGCUGCACCCUGACAUCCCUGCCUGGAAGCCACUGGGUCCCACCUUCCUCCUCACCAGGCCUGGGUCUCGAGGACCCCUGCCUCGUCCUUCCUCCCCAAGCCCGGGCCUCCACCCCCAGAGGACGAUGGAGCCAGCGACGGCGAGGCUCUGGGCUCCGGCCCGACCCAGCGGGCCCAGAGGCGCCUGGUGCCCUCUGGACUGUCUGGAGUCUCCUUGUGGGGAGACCUGCAGAGGUCUGUGCAGGCAGAACUGCCUCCUCGCUGAGAAGGGGAGGAGACUGGUUAGUGCUGACUGAGCGCCUAGCACAGCCCCGGAGCCCGCCGGAAGGAACGGCCAGUGACCUUGCUCUCAGGCCUGCAUAGGAGCAGCAGUGAGGGCGGGUGGCCAGCACCGAGGCCUUCAGAAGAGACAGCGAAGGGGCUGUGGCCCCUCCGCCUCCAGGACACUGGCCGCCGGGCAUGACCCACUUGCUAGAAGGGGCAGACCGGUGCCCCUGGACGGCCUGGGGCUGAGACGCCACUGCCGCUACCUGACAGCGCAGUUUUCGUCUUUCCACAGUGCUGCUUUCUGACACGGUGUCUGUAGUCCUGGGACUCGAGAGCCAGUGCCCCGUAUGGGCCACAGGGAGCCUGGCUGCCCCUCCUCCCCUGGCCACAGGGGCGCCCUGCCGUUCCCAGCAAGGGCGAAGAUGGGGUUCGCCCAAGCAGGCUUGUUUCUUCCUGGCUUUUUGAAGUGCUACGUGCCGUCUCCCCUCUGUCCACCCCUCUCCAAAGCUGUGUGCCUGGCACUGCUCCCCAGGGGGCAGCCUCAGGCCCCGCUGCCCAGGGUGGGGACAGGCAGCCACACACGGGCUGGCCCUGCUCCUGUCUUGCAGGCUCAGCAGGAAGGACAGGGGUGGGGUGGAGGCCCAGAGAGCAGCCUGGCAGACGGCAGAGGCUGGCGUGUCCUGUGCCUUCCUUCCCAGGCCAGCUGGCCAGGGCCAAGGGUCAGCCUUGAACAGAGACAGCAAGAAAAGCAGCUAGAACUAAAACAGGCAUUUUAUUGUCCUGCAGGGCCUGGCUGUGGGAUCAGUGCCCUGUGGCUAACAGCUUGCAUGUCCUGGUGGGCAGGGCCCAGGGGCAGGGUGACAGGGCCUUUCCAGGGAGGCCAGUUCCAUUCCGCUGCUCUUUCAGGGCAGUAAG